GUUGCGGCACUUCUUGCGCUGGCAUGGGAACGCAAACGGAGGCUGACUCGAGCUUUGACCGCGCAAAUCUCCGUCGCGCUGUCCUCGCCCUAUGCGCGGCACGCUGUCCUCGCUGCUGCACGACAUCUGCGGAUACCUGUCGUGGAUGGAGCAGCAUGCCAGUGGACCGACUUCGCCGAGAUGGAUUGGGAUGCAUUUUUGAGCCAAGGGCCAUCAUUGCAACGGGCAUCGAGUCUCUUUGUGCGCACUUCUUUGGUUCGCAAAGGCAUGCUGGCGCACUACCUUGCCAAACGACGUUGUGAAGGAGUGUUGCCUGCAUCCUUCGUGGUGGACGUGGAGGACGAGGAGGACUUGCAGUUGCUGCCGGAGCGAUUUAGGAAAUGGGCAGCUGCCCAGACGACCAAGUGCGACGGGAUUCUGGUUGUCAAAGCUGGCAAUGCCAACCGCGGAGAGCACCUCCACCUUGUCAGCAAGUCGGAGGAGAUUGCGAGCAGGAUCCGCGACGAAGUGUUGCAGCAGGGCCUGGUCGAAUGGGUCAUUCAACCCUAUGUCAUGCCGCCGCUUUUGCGAAGAGGUCGGAAAUUCCAUGUGCGCGUGCACUUCCUUCUAGUCGGUUGCCCCAUGUGUGGCUUCAGCCGCGCUUGGCUUCAUGAAAGGCUUCACGUGGUGCUGGCAGCAUCCAGGCGAUGGACGGAUGAUCCCACUAUGGCGGCGGUACACCUGACGAACCACUGCGUGCAGGCAGCACAGCCAGGAUACAACGAGUCAGAGCAGGUGCUGCUCUGGGGUGAGUUGAUGGAGGAGACUGGCCUGGAGACCGAGGCCCAGGCGCUCCUCGAAGACAUGGGCCGCUCUCUUGGCCAAGCUUUAAUGGCAGCGUCUGCCUCACCAGGCUUCACGCCUCUUCCGCAAUCCUUCGAGCUCUUCGGCGCAGACUUUGUUUUCCAAGAUCUUGGGACAGCCAGGCCAAAGGCGUGGCUGCUGGAGGUGAAUGCAGGUCCUGAUUUGGCCGUGUUCGGCGAUGCCAGACGGGAUGAAGCAGUGUGCCUUGCGGAGGACGUGCUUCGUGCGGCGGUGUUGCCUUUUCAAGAUGCGCGUAAGGAUGCUCCUUAUUUGGAAGCUCAAUUUUGCCCGUGCCGAGAGAGAAUAGGGGCAACGGGUUUCUCCAUGGAGUUCUGGGCCAGUGCGCCUUCGACAAACUCACCACAGGCCGAGCUGCAGCGACUUGCACGGCGCCUGGGCACAGCAGCGCGCUGGGCCAAGGCUUUGCACAACCACAGCCGAGUGCAAGUUCGUGGCCCACAAGCCACGGUGGCCCGUGAAGAUGCGCAAAAACAGCUUGAGAAGUGGGCCGGAGAUGGCAACAUCUGUGCGCGGCAGCCUGCGACCGAGAUGAGCCAAGGCCGUGCCCUGACUGGUGCCAUGGUCAAGGCCAGAGUUCAAACGUAG